AAAUGCGAUGCCCAAAUAACAAUUAAAAUAUAUACACUCAUAAUUAAUGAAUGCAAACUGUAAUUUACCGGGACCCGUACUGUGGCGGGUUCGAACUGCAGACUGAAGUCACCAUGUCACAUUCGUGUUCUAAGUUAAAAGGGUUAUUGUUAUUAUAGGGAAACGCAGCGCGAGCUCGAUGACUCCUUGUCUUGUUUGGAAUUCGGUAACUCUUCCUUUUUACAAUAUUUAGUCGUUUGUCUUUGUAAAGAGUCCUGUAUGCACUAUGAAUACAUAGUUCAGUCUAUUUACCAAAAACAAUGUAGCAGUUGUGUACAAAAAUGCUUGGAAAAAUACAAGCAAGUGUGAUGGAAGCGAGCAGGCUGCUUGCAACAUUGUAACCAGACCCGAGAUGAGUUGGAAGGAUGGCGAGGAAGAUUUAAGCCACACUCGUUAAGAAGAUGGACAGCUAUGGGUUCUCCAGUGAUAUGUUCAGUGGCCGAGCAGUUCUGGGGGAGGACAGCUCGGUCAUGGCCCGGAUGCAGAAGAAGUUCUGGAAGACCAAGCAGGCUCUGAUCAAGGCCACAGGGAAGAAGGAAGAUGAGCAUGUGGUGGCCUCUGACGCAGACCUUGAUGCCAAAUUGGAGUUUUUCCGGUCAGUCCAGAGCACUUGCACAGAACUUCUGAAAGUGAUCGAGAAAUACCAGCAAAGAAUUACACACCUCUCUCAAGAGGAGAAUGAGCUCGGACUGUUCUUGCGCUUCCAGGCAGAGCAUGAUAAAACAAAAGCAGGCAGUAUGAUGGACGCCACCAGUAAAGCUCUCUGCUGUUCUGCCAAGCAAAGGUUGGCUCUGUGUCCCCCUCUCCAUCGUUUCGAACAGGAAGUGGAGACAUUCCGGAGGAGAGCCAUCGCAGACUCUCUGCUGACCGUGAGCCGGAUGGAGAAAGCACGGACUGAGUACCGCGGAGCUUUGCUCUGGAUGAAGGAUGUCUCACAGGAACUGGACCCAGAUACUUAUAAACAACUGGAGAAAUUUCGCAAGGUUCAGGCCCAGGUUAGAGGAACAAAAGUGCAUUUUGAUAAGCUUAAGAAUGACGUGUGUCAGAAAGUGGAUAUACUGGGUGCCAGUCGCUGCAACAUGCUUUCACAUUCCUUAUGUACUUACCAGACAACGCUUUUACAGUACUGGGAGAAGACUGCACAUGUGAUGUCUGGCAUCCAUGAGGCCUUCAAAGGAUAUGUACCCUACCAGUUCACUACCCUCAAAGAACUGAGGGACCCACUGGACCAGAUUGUCUCCGCACAAGCAGCAGAGGACAGCAAAGACGAGGACAAGAAGACGCAUCCAGACAAUCUUGUUUCACUUGAAGAUGAGCAGCUGGGUGAAUCAUCCGAUACUGUUUCUACUCGUGCAGUAGAUGGACAGAGUAGAGGAUCAGAAAGUUCUUUGUGUGCUAGUCUGGACUCUGAGUUGAAUGAACAGUUAGGCCCCAUUGGUGGAGUUAGCACAGAUGACGACCUCCUAUUAUUGACCCCUGAGCCUGGCCCGAUCCCUUCUCUAACUCCAACCUUGACCCCAACCCUACUCCCAUCCAUGUCCGUUAUGCAGCCUCAGAUACCGCAGGAGGCCUCAAUGCCUAUUCAGUGGGGUGUAGGCGUCUCGCAUGAGGAAAAGCAAGAUGCCUUACCAAGCAGUCUUCCAUCUAAAAUAGUAGGCAGGGAUCUGUUGUCUGAGGCUUUAGACUCUGCUGGGGUGAAAGAAGAGGAGGGAGAGAGAGGUGACCUGGCCUUCCUGCAGGAUCUGCUGAGUCCUGGGGCUGCGGGUGGUGCUAGUGAGUUCAGUAAGGCAUGGCAGGAUGCUUUCGGCUGUUUUGAGGCCCCUCUUGCUCCUGUUGCUUCCACUUCACCACAAGCAGGAACAGCAGACACACCCACUGGCUUCCUGCCAUCACAACUACUGGACCAUAGCCUCAGUACCACAGGAUGGGCGACUCCACCUGUGUUUCAAGCCCUGCCGCUCCAGCCACCUUCCAGUGGAGGACAGUCUACCCAGAAUAGUCCAAACUCUUCUACCAAUAGUGCACCUAAAGGAAGGUCCAGGGACAUGUCUGCCUGGUUUAACCUCUUUGCAGAUCUGGACCCUCUGUCCAACCCAGAUGCUAUUGGGCGCAGUGAUCAGGAGUUCCUCAAUGCCUGAGGUGAGGUUGUGCUUGUCACAACGCAGCCUUUUUCCUGUCUGAGUGAAGGAUGGUAUGGAGCUGAUCGCUUCCCAAAUAUUCUUUGCUGGAAAGGAGUGCAUAUCCCAAGCCUUCAUUCGGAGCUGGAACACUACCUCUCCUGAAACCCUUCAACCUGAGCCAAGAAAGCAUCUAGAAAUCUCUAUCCAUGUCCAACACUGGUGGGUUUGUGAGAUAUGGGAAUUUGACUCUUUUCUCCAUUCCUUAUUGUGUGCGUGAAUUUACUGUAUGUUCAUUAGGUCAGGACACCGAAGGGUAAAAUAUUGAAGACUUCAUCUCUUUAUCACAGUAGUGUUGUUACCUGAGAGUAAAGUAUCUGUUACUUUCUGAAGUUUACAUGUUUAAAGGGAUGUGAAGGUGAGAGUUUGCCCAUCUCGUAUGUGGGGGGUUGUUUUGCCUAGGACCAAAAAAAUAAAUAAACCUGUGUAAGUGUGUGUGUAUAUCUGUGUGAGUUUUAAAGUCCAGAAACAAGGUUACAGAUUUAUAACAUCUAUUAUAGAUUAUAGACUGUAUUUUUAAUCAAGACCCAAAAUGUGUGAAGUUGCGUGUAAAUAACGACAAAUAUUUUUGGAGUCUCUUUCACUGGAUUAGUUUAACCCUAAAUGAUAAAAUAAAUGAAAUUAUUUAUCGAUAUAAAAGUGUUACUGUAAACUACAUAUGCAAGUCGUGUGCUGUGCCAUUAGUUUGGUUGGAAUGAGGUCGUCACAUUUUAAUGAAACUGAUCAAAAGUGAUGCAUCUUGUUUUUUUUAGUGAAAAAAAUACUGAAGCACUCUCACUCAGAGAAAUAACUUCUCCCAAAUGAUCCUCACUGUCACACUGUGAUGCAAUACACUGGAAUGCGUUUGUGAAAAUGGUUUUGUAUGUGAUUUUAUUUCAUGUCACCUUUAGUACAGAAUUACUUAAUUAUCCUGCUCUAGAAAACGUUACAUUUUUUUCGCCAGAUUUUCAUAUUUGGACUCAUCAGGAGUGACUAUGAAAUUAUGACCAAAGUUUUUUUUUUUUUGCAUUAAAGAAAUGCACUAAAUUGUCUCCGAGUUCAAUCUCGGAUUGUUCUAGAAUGGAUGUUGUCUGUUUUAAGCAUAGACAUGUUUGUUAGUCUGAAUAGCUCUUUCUAGCUGAAGAGUCUGUACAUUUCACACAGGAUUUCAUAUUUUGUAUUUGAGUGGUUUAACAUUUUGAAGUGUCACUUUAUGUAUUAGAGAAAUGUUGUGUUUGGAACUACAUGUUAAGAUGUUAUUGUAUCACUUGUCUUUUUUUUUUUUUUUUUUUUUUUACUUUGAAAGAAAAAGAAUGUACACCACACCAUUCACAGCUGCUUUCACUUGUUUAAUUUAUGCAACUUUGCCUUUUGUUUCAGUUAAAUGAUGUACACUUUAAUCGAAGGAAACUGGACUGAGAUCUUGUAUCUGAGAGCAAAUAAAUAUGAAUAGAAUUCUG